UCUAACGCAGCCCUGUGAGAAAGCGUGUGUGCAUUUGUGCGGCAAGGUUGCUACGCAAACCGAAGAUAGCCUACCCGCCGAUGGCAAGUGAGGCUACAGCCGAAUUCAUAGUACAGGACAUUACCCUGUAAACUGAAGGAAUUCGCUGUAUCAUGUGAAUUACCAUUUAAAUAAAUUGACGGUCAACCGAAGUUGAGCGCGCUGAAUUUUCAGCAUAGAUUCGUUAUUGUGGUUUUACCUAAUAUUAGCCGUGUAAAACCUAGAAUCGGCUUUUAGGGAUUUUAGGAUGUAAAUGAGGGGGCAUUGGGUAUCCGACAUUUUAUAGGAAUUGGGAGUAAAUAGGAGUACUCUAAAUUGUUUGAUGAACGCGGCGUCAGACUUUCUCGUGGUACUCGUAGAUUUUUCCGUGGAUGUAAGUAGAAUACUCCAUCACCUCAACGAAGAGAAGACCAUCACAGCUUGUGUGAUCAGAAUUAAAAUAUCAGCAGCAGCUCCCAUUGAAACCGAAAGAAACAUGUGAAGACCCUGGUAAAGAUACAAGCACAAACCUUUGAGAAGACAAAGUGGAAGGUAGCCUAGCUUCCUUCCGUCACAUUCCUCCUCCUGUUUACUCUGCUGUUGCCUUGCUGCAAGCGUCCCUAGAGGUAUGGAGGGCCGGCGGUCGCGGCGGGUAACACGACGCAGCAGCAGGACUUCCCCAGCAAGCCCUAGAGGGGGCGCUGUGCUGGCCAUGCUGUGCCUGUGGCUGUUAGCUGUCGCUGCCACCGUGUGCCAAGGCCAGAUCACCUUCACCAGCUUCCACCCGGAGCGCCGGGAGUGGGCCUUCAACCACCUUACGGUCCACCAGACAACGGGGGCGCUCUACAUCGGAGCGGUCAACCGCGUCUACAAGCUCUCUGGUAACCUGACGCUCAUGGUGUCCCACGACACAGGCCCUGAGGACGACAACAAGGCAUGCUACCCGCCCCUCAUCGUCCAGCCCUGCUCUGAACCCCUGACCUCCACUAACAACGUCAACAAACUGCUUCUCAUAGACUACAGUCAGAAUCGUCUGCUGGCCUGCGGUAGUCUCUACCAGGGAGUCUGCAAGCUCCUGCGUCUGGAUGAUCUCUUCAUCCUAGUGGAGCCGUCCCAUAAGAAAGAGCACUACCUCUCCAGCGUCAACCAGACAGGAACUAUGUACGGGGUCAUCGUGCCCUCCUCCAAGGGCCAGGAUGGGACUCUCUUCAUCGGGACGGCCGUAGAUGGUAAACAGGACUACUUCCCCACCAUCUCCAGUCGUCAGCUCCCCCGCGACCCAGAGUCCUCGGCCAUGCUAGACUACGAGCUUCACACAGACUUUGUCUCUUCUCUGAUAAAGAUCCCGUCAGACACGCUGGCGCUGGUGUCCCACUUCGACAUCUACUACGUGUAUGGCUUUGCCAGCGGCUCCUUCGUCUACUUCCUGACAGUCCAGCCCGAGACGCCGGAGAACAGCAUGUCAUCAGGUGGAUCCUCCAACGACCUCUUCUACACCUCGCGCAUCAUCCGCCUCUGCAAGGACGACCACAAGUUCCACUCGUACGUCUCCUUACCCGUGGGCUGCGUGAGGAACGGUGUGGAGUAUCGUCUCCUGCAGGCUGCCUACCUGGCCAAGCCGGGCCGUGUGCUGGCCGUCUCGCUCAACAUCAGCGCCACGGACGACGUGCUCUUCACCGUGUUCUCCAAGGGCCAGAAGCAGUACCACCGGCCACCAGAUGACUCGGCGCUCUGCGUGUUCACCAUCAAGGACAUCAACGCCCGUAUCAAGGAGCGCCUGCAGUCCUGCUACCAGGGAGAGGGCAACCUGGAGCUCAACUGGCUGCUGGGAAAAGACGUGCAGUGCACUAAAGCGCCGGUGCCCAUCGAUGACUCGUUCUGUGGUCUGGACAUCAACCAGCCCCUUGGCGGCUCUCAGCUGGUGACGGGACACACCCUCUACACAGAGACACGGGACCGCAUGACCUCUGUCACGUCCUACGUCUACAAUGGAUACUGCGUGGCUUUUGUCGGCACCAAGAGCGGACGCCUCAAAAAGAUCCGUGUGGACGGUCCUCCUCACGGUGGGGUCCAGUAUGAGACGAUGUUGGUCAUCAAGGAAGGCAGCUCCAUCCUCAGAGACAUGGCCUUCUCACUGGACCACAGCUAUCUGUAUGUCAUGUCAGAGAAACAGGUGACACAGGUCCCUAUAGAGUCAUGUGAUCAGUACGGGACGUGUGGAGAGUGCCUGAGCUCCGGUGACCCCCACUGUGGCUGGUGUGUCCUACACAACAUGUGUUCUCAGAAGGACCGUUGUGAGCGUGCAGAUGAGCCGUACCGUUUCACUGUUGCUCUCUCUCAGUGUGUGAAGGCCACGGUGUACCCAGACAGCAUUGCAGUGUCAGAGCCCAGCGUGCCAUUGCUGGUGAAGGUGUCUGAUGUCCCAGACCUGGCAGCUGGGAUCACCUGUUCCUUUGGGAACCUGACAGAGGUGGAGGGACAGGUCAGCGGUAACCAGAUCUUCUGUCUGUCUCCCACCGCUAAGGAUGUUCCUCUCAUACCUGCUGACCAAGACUGGUCAGGUGUAGAGUUAAGGCUCAACUCUAAGGAGACUGGUCAGAUGGUCAUCAGCACGGAGGUCAAGUUCUACAACUGCAGUGUUCACCAACUGUGUCUGUCCUGUGUGAACAGUGCCUUCCGCUGCCACUGGUGCAAGUACCGUAACCUGUGUACCCAUGACCCCUCCAGCUGCUCCUUCCAGGAGGGACGCGUCAACGCCUCCGAGGACUGUCCUCAGCUGGUGCGGUCGGAGGAGAUUCUGAUCCCAGCUGGGGAGGUGAAGCCCAUCACCCUGAAGGCCCGGAACCUUCCCCAGCCCCAGUCUGGCCAGCGGGGGUACGAGUGUGUCCUCCACAUCCAGGGGGUCAGCCACCGUGUCACCGCCCUGCGCUUCAACAGCUCCUCUGUACAGUGUCAGAACAGCUCGUAUCUCUAUGAAGGGAUGAAGAUCAGUGAGUUGCCAGUGGAUUUUUCAGUGGUCUGGAACGGCAACUUCAUUAUAGACAACCCAGAUAAUAUCCAAGUGCACCUGUAUAAGUGUGUGGCCCAGAGGGACAGCUGUGGCAUGUGUCUGAAGGCCCAGAGGAAGUUCCAGUGUGGCUGGUGUAGUGGAGAGGGCCGCUGUACCCUGCGCCACCACUGCCCACCCCUCAACCCCUAUACCACCCGCUGGCUAGACCUGUCCAGCAAGAAAGUCCAGUGUACCAACCCACGCAUCACAGAGGUGACCCCAGUAGCAGGCCCUCCAGAGGGGGGUACCAGGGUGACCAUCCAUGGCAUGAACCUGGGCCUGGCGUUCAGUGAGAUGGUGGACAACGUGAAGGUGGCUGGGGUCAAGUGUUCCCCUGUGGAGGAAGGCUACAUUAUCGCUGAGCAGAUAGUCUGUGAGAUGGAUGCUACCCCAGCAGACAGCAAAGCUGGACCAGUCCAACUGUGUGUCGGGGAGUGCAUACCUGCGCUCAAGACUCACUCUUCCCAGCUCUACUCCUUCGUGAUGCCGUCGGUACAGGGCCUGUCCCCCACCAGAGGGCCUGAGUCAGGGGGCAGCAAGGUAUCCAUCAUGGGGGAGAACCUUGGCGCUGGCAGCAGUGUCACAGUCCUCUUUGGGAACCAAACGUGCGAGUUCUACGGGCGGACCAUGACAGAGAUCGUGUGUUACUCUGCUCCCUCCCUGACUGGGGUGGGUUCGGUCCAGAUCAGUGUGAGUGUGGACCGGGCCCAGGUCAAGGAGAGCCUGAGCUUUGAUUACAUUGAGGACCCCACCGUCCAGCGCAUUGAGCCAGAGUGGAGCAUCGCCAGCGGCCACACUCCUCUGAUGGUGACAGGAACUAAUCUGGAUGUGGUUCAGGAGCCUAGGAUACGCGUCAAGUACGGAGGCCAUGAGUCUGUCAACAUGUGUAAGGUUCUGAAUAGCACCAGUAUGAGUUGCGUUGCUCCGUCCCUGGUGGCAGAGUACCAUCCAGGCCUGGACACUGUCAAACAUGCUGAUGAGUUUGGCUUUAUCUUCAACAACGUCCAGACUCUGCUAGUCUAUAACAACACCAACUUCCUCUACUACCCCAACCCAUACUUUGAACCUCUCAGCACCAAUGGGGUCCUGGAGCAGAAGCCUGGCGCGCCCAUCAUUCUCAAGGGCAAAAACCUGGUGCCCCCGGCCUCAGGAGGGGUGAAGCUCAACUACACUGUACUGAUUGGGGAGACCCCCUGCUCAGUCACUGUGUCUGAGACCCAGCUGCUGUGUGAGCCCCCCAACCUCACGGGCCAGUACAAAGUCAUGGUCCAGGUGGGCGGUCUCCACGUAUCUCCAGGGGCGGUUCACAUCCUGUCAGACAGCCUGCUCACCCUUCCCGCCAUCGUCUCCAUCGCCGCCGGCGGAGGCCUUCUCCUUAUCAUCGUCAUCCUCGUCCUCAUCGCAUACAAACGCAAGUCGCGGGAGAAUGACCUCACCCUGAAGCGCCUGCAGAUGCAGAUGGACAACCUGGAGUCCCGGGUCGCCCUGGAGUGCAAGGAAGCUUUUGCUGAGCUGCAGACGGACAUCAACGAGCUGACCAGUGAUCUGGACAGAGCUGGUAUCCCCCACCUGGACUACCGGACCUACGCCAUGAGAGUCCUUUUCCCUGGCAUCGAGGACCACCCUGUUCUCAGAGAACUGGAGGUGUCAGGUAACGGCCAGCUGAGCACAGAGAAGGCUCUGAAGCUUUUCGCUCAGCUCAUCAACAACAAGGUGUUUCUGCUAACCUUCAUCAGAACUCUGGAGCUCCAACGCUCCUUCUCCAUGCGUGACCGCGGCAACGUGGCGUCUCUCAUCAUGACUGCGCUGCAGGGCAAACUGGAGUACGCCACCGACGUGCUCAAACACCUGCUCUCUGACCUCAUCGACAAGAACCUGGAGAGCAAGAACCACCCCAAGUUGCUGCUGCGCAGAACGGAGUCCGUUGCAGAGAAGAUGCUCACCAACUGGUUCGCUUUCCUUCUUCACAGGUUCCUCAAAGAGUGUUCUGGUGAACCUCUGUUCAUGCUGUACUGUGCCAUCAAGCAGCAGAUGGAGAAGGGGCCUAUAGACGCCAUCACAGGAGAGGCGCGCUACUCCCUCAGUGAGGACAAGCUCAUCAGACAGCAGAUAGAGUACAAAACACUGAUCCUGAACUGUGUGAACCCGGACAAUGAGAACAGUCCUGAGAUCCCAGUGAAGGUGCUGAACUGUGACACCAUCACCCAGGUCAAGGAGAAGAUACUGGACGCCUGCUAUAAGAACAUGCCCUACUCACAGAGGCCCCGCGCUGUCGACAUGGACCUGGAGUGGCGUCAGGGGCGGAUGGCCCGCGUGGUGCUGCAGGACGAGGACAUCACCACCAAGAUAGAGAACGACUGGAAGAGACUCAACACACUCAUGCACUACCAGGUGUCUGACCGCUGUGUGGUGGCUCUGGUGCCCAAACAGACCUCUUCCUACAACAUCCCGCCGUCAGCCAGCAUCUCCAGGACCUCCAUCAGCAGAUAUGACUCAUCCUUCCGGUACACAGGUAGUCCAGACAGUCUGCGUUCCCGUGCCCCUAUGAUAACCCCUGACCUGGAGAGUGGGGUCAAGGUGUGGCACCUGGUCAAGAACCACGAGCAUGGAGACCAGAAGGAGGGAGACCGAGGCAGCAAGAUGGUCUCUGAGAUAUACCUGACCAGGCUGCUGGCCACCAAGGGUACACUGCAGAAGUUUGUGGAUGACCUGUUUGAGACGUUGUUCAGUACCGUCCACCGGGGUAGCGCCCUGCCCCUCGCCAUCAAAUACAUGUUUGACUUCCUGGACGAGCAGGCGGACAAACACGGAAUCCACGACCAAGAUGUCCGCCACACAUGGAAGAGCAACUGUCUUCCACUGCGGUUCUGGGUGAACGUGAUCAAGAACCCCCAGUUUGUGUUUGACAUCCAUAAGAGCAGCAUCACAGACGCCUGUCUGUCUGUGGUGGCCCAGACCUUCAUGGACUCCUGCUCCACGUCAGAGCACCGCCUGGGCAAGGACUCGCCCUCCAACAAGCUGCUGUAUGCUAAAGACAUCCCCAACUACAAGAGCUGGGUGGAGAGGUACUAUGCCGACAUUAACCGUCUGCCAGCCAUCAGUGACCAGGACAUGAAUGCUUACCUGGCAGAGCAGGCCAGGCUCCACUCCACAGAGUUUAACAUGCUCAGUGCUCUCAACGAGAUCUACUCCUAUGUCUCCAAAUACAGUGAGGAGAUCACAAUGGCCCUGGAGCAGGACGAGCAGGCUAAGAAACAACGUCUGGCCUACAAGGUGGAGCAGCUCAUCUCAGCCAUGUCCCUGGAGAGCUGAGACAGACCACGGGAUUAGACGACUGAACCGGCCCGGGAUGUCCAUCAGCCACCCAACAAACAGUCCCGAUACUCACCGUGUGAUGGACACCGAACCACCACGGACCUGGGACAUUUUUACAUCCUCAAACAAAGAGUUUUGUUUUUAUCUUAUUUUCCUCUCGUGCCAUAUUGCCACCACCUGGCUAAAAGACGCCGUGGUCUCGGGAAACAUGGAUGGUCAUGAUGAUGAUGAAAGGUGGGACGACCACACCACACAGCUCCAUGAAGGCUACAUGGCAUAUUUCUUUCCAAAGGAUAUUAUUUUUGUGUUGUGUGUGUAUAGCCCUGAAGGAGAGGUUUGUUGAGAGACAGAACAAACAGAGGGGAGAUCUUAUAGUCAGAUACACUCUCUGUCUGCUCAACUCACAACAGAGACACUGAAAGAAGAAGGAGAAGAGAGAUGGAGGAUAAAGACUUCUCAUGUUUGAUUCCAGAGAUAUUGUUCCCGAGUUUUGCUUCCAAAUGUUUAUUUUUGUAUGUGAACAUUUUGAUUUUAUUGGUUGCAGUUGAGCCAUCUUCCUCUUGAUACAUACAUGGACAUUGUUGUACUGUACAAAGUCAAAGGUUGUGUUAUAACACAUGUUAUAGGGUGGUGUAGCCAUCAGAAAGACAUGGUGCUAUGUCAUGUCUUGUCCUGCUCUCUGUUCUUCUCAGACAGUAUUACCAUUCCUUAUCAACAUGAUACCCGAGACCAAGUGGACAGAACCCAGCUCUGACUGUAACCCAUCAGCCCUGUACAGAAACCAACCAAAUGCGUCCUCAUCGCACGAGAGCGAACGGAACUCAGAACAGACGACCCCUGGAGGGGUCAAAGUUCAACCAGCAUGCUUAUCAACCCCAAAACCCUUUACCCUGUGUGAUAAGAGAAAAUACACAGGUCCACAGAGUAUGUUGGGUAUAAGGACAAAACAACAACCAGCACCAAACUGGUUUGUAUAAGACCCUCCUCAGCAGUAACGUCAUCUGUAUGUACUGUAGGUUCUGUUUCAUACAUGUCAAUGUAUGUGAAUGUACAAAAGCAGAUGUAGGUUUUUCUUUUUCCUUUGGGUUUGUUUUCUAAACAAAAUGGAGUUAGUUGAACAGAACUCUAUAAUGUCUAAAUAGAUGGCUAACUGAACAUGUACUGAAAACUCAUCCGUCCUUGUCUUUUGCCCCACUCACAAUGUUUCACCUGUUACCAAAUCUCUAUCUCGAUCAUAGGAGGGUGUGUACUAUGCCG